AUGCAGGGAUUUAAGAGAGAUUAUGGGCGAGACUAUGAGAAUAUCCCGCCGCAUGGCCGCUGGCAACAUUUCGAUGUGGGCGGCCGCCCCCGGAUCAAUCAGCUCCUGCAGAUGUGGCCUAGCAGCAUUGACGCCCAAGAGCGCACCCGUCGCCUGAUUGAUUUGUUCGUCGUUUCCGUCCUGCUGGAUGCUGGCGCCGGGACAAAAUGGUCCUACCGAUCCAAGGAGUCUGGGAAGGUUUACUCACGCAGUGAAGGCCUCGCCGUCGCGAGUUUGGAGAUGUUCAAAUCCGGUUUAUUCAGCAGCGACCCGACAGAACCGUGCCAGGUGGAUGGCGCCGCGCUGAAGAAUAUUACAGUUGAGAAGCUGGCCAAAGGCAUGCAGCACUCGGACCAAAACUCGCUAGCUGGUAUUGAAGGUCGCGCGGGGUUGCUGGUGCGACUUUCCGAAGCUUUGAAUAAUCAGGACUUCUUUGGCGUAGAUGCUCGUCCGGGCAAUAUGUUAGACUUUCUUCUGGGACACCCUUCGACUCUCGCUUCUUCUGUGCCCAUAGUCCCCAUCACCACCUUGUGGACCGUGCUCAUGGAUGGAUUCUCGUCCAUCUGGCCCCCCUCUCGAACUCAGAUCGACGGCGUCUCUAUCGGAGAUGCCUGGGAAUGUUCGGAUCUCCCCAGCUCCCCACCCGCGCAACCGUGGGAGAGCAUUAUUCCCUUCCACAAGCUGACCCAGUGGCUCUGCUACUCCAUCAUGGUCCCCAUGUCGAAGCUAAUGCACAUUCAUUUCGCUGGUAGUGACCUACUAACAGGUCUGCCGGAGUACCGGAAUGGUGGUUUGUUGAUUGACAUGGGACUUUUGAGCCUCAAGGCUAAUGAUAUGGAGCGCGGAGUCCAGGCCUUCAAGGACAAUGCCCAAAUCAAGGGACAACCGAAUAUGGAGGUAGUGCCACUCUUCUCUACAGAGGACGAUGUGAUCGUGGAGUGGCGAGCUGUAACAGUGGGCUUCUUGGAUGAGCUGCUGGACGAGGUGAACACACAAUUGGGACUAGCUGGCUCGGAUGAACAAUUAUCACUGGCCCAGAUGCUUGAAGCUGGUUCUUGGAAGGGUGGUCGUGAAAUCGCCGAAGUCUCCAGGCCCAACACCAAGGAACCCCCGAUUAUGAUCCGUUCCGAUGGCACGGUCUUCUAA